AUGUUGUCGCGAGGAUCUGUUCGAUCGGCCCAGGCGGGCUUGGAGCACAAGAAGAUCUGGGAAUGCCAUGACUGCGACAUUCGAGCUCAUGAUCUGCUGCGCGGCGUGGCCCAGCAACCCCAGCUCGCCCGAUCCUUCGCCACCGUCCAGUCCGACAUCUUCAAGCCCGCCAAGUUCGGCGGCAAGUACACCGUCACCCUCAUCCCCGGUGAUGGUAUCGGUACCGAGGUUGCCGAGUCGGUCAAGACCGUCUUCAAGGCCGACAACGUGCCCGUCGAGUGGGAGCAGGUCGAGGUGUCUGGCCUCGAGGGCGCCGGCCGCACCGAGGACGCCUUCCGCGAGUCGGUGGCCUCGCUCAAGCGCAACAAGCUCGGCCUCAAGGGCAUCCUGCACACCCCCAUCAGCCGAUCCGGACACCAGAGCUUCAACGUCGCCAUGCGCCAGGAGCUCGACAUCUACGCCAGCAUCAGUCUGAUCAAGAACAUCCCCGGCUACGAGACCCGCCACAAGGACGUCGACCUCUGCAUCAUCCGCGAGAACACCGAGGGCGAGUACUCUGGCCUCGAGCACCAGAGCGUCCCCGGUGUCGUCGAGUCGCUCAAGAUCAUCACCCGCGCAAAGUCGGAGCGCAUCGCCAAGUUUGCUUUCAGCUUCGCCCUCGCCAACGGCCGCUCCAAGGUCACCUGCAUCCACAAGGCCAACAUCAUGAAGCUGGCCGACGGUCUGUUCCGCAGCACCUUCCACCAGGUCGCCAAGGACUACCCCACCCUCGAGGUCAACGACAUGAUUGUCGACAACGCCUCCAUGCAGGCUGUUUCCCGACCCCAGCAGUUCGACGUCAUGGUCAUGCCUAACCUUUACGGUGGUAUCCUGUCCAACAUUGGUGCCGCUCUUGUCGGUGGUCCCGGUAUCGUCCCCGGCUGCAACAUGGGCCGUGAGGUCGCCGUCUUCGAGCCCGGUUGCCGUCACGUCGGUCUCGACAUCAAGGGCAAGGACCAGGCUAACCCUACCGCCAUGCUCCUGUCCGGCAGCAUGCUGCUGCGACACCUCGGUCUCGAUGAGCAUGCUAACCGCAUCUCCAAGGCCACCUACGCCGUCAUUGCCGAGGGCAAGGUCCGCACCCCCGAUAUGGGCGGCUCCUCCACCACCCACGAGUUCACCAAGGCCAUCCUCGACAAGCUCGAGACUGUUUAA